UUUAUUUAUUUAAAUAGAUAAAUAAUUAAUUAGUAUUAAUACAGCAGAGAGCAAGUAAUAAUUUAGAUAUUUUUUUCAAAAUAAGAUUAUUAAAAACAAGAGAAGAAAAAAGAAAAAAAAAGAAAGGGAUUAGUAAAUAUUAGUCAAUAAAUAAUAGGAAUGGAAAGUUUAGCAGAAAGACUCAAAGCCUUCAGUAUUGAUGAAAAGUAAAUCGCUGAUAUCUUGAAGAACAAGAAGAUUUGCGAAUCUAUUGAAAAGGUUUUAAAUUUAUCAGGAAUUAACUCCGCUGACAAGAAGAGAGGUAAUCUUUUGUAUGGUAUUGCUACUAAGAUUACUCCUUCUAUUGAAGAAUUCAGAUAGACACUCACAAAGUAUGUUGUCGAAGAUAAGAUUGCUAAUUAAAAUCAUCUCGAUUACACUAUUUCUUAUAUUGAUACUGCUAUCAAGAAAGAAGGUAGCAUUGCUACUGAAGUUCUUGAAAAGAACUGCGGUAUUGGCGUCAAUAUGACUGAUGCCUAAAUCUCUUAAAAGAUUAAGGAGUAUCUUACAUCUAAGAAGGAAGUUUUAGAAAAAAUUAGAUAUACACUCAGUAUUUCUGACUACCUUAAGGCUCUUCGUGAAAUAGUUCCUUUCGCUGAAGGCAAGCUCCUUUCUACUGAAUUUAAAGUUUAACUUGAAGCUAUCAUAGGACCUGAAACUGAAUAAGAUAAGUAGAUGAAGGCUGAUUUGCUAAAAAAAAAAGCCAAAGAAGAAUCUAACAAGCACAAGAAGGUUGAAACUGCUGCUACUGAAUAGGAAGUUGAAGAACCAAAGAAGAAAUUAGGUGAUAUUUUCAAUGCCAGAGAUCUUGCUUCAUCUAGAAACACUCCAGAACUUAUCAAGUAAAGAAACGAAUAGUUUGGUGAUGUUAUUCUUACCCGUUUCCCUCCUGAGCCUAAUGGUUAUCUCCACAUUGGUCAUGCUAAGUCAAUUAAUUUCAAUUUUGGUAUUGCCAGUGAAUACAAUGGUUAAUGCUAUUUGAGAUUCGAUGAUACCAAUCCUGAAAAAGAAAACAUGGAAUAUAUUAACUCUAUUAAAGAUAAUGUUAAAUGGUUAGGAAGAACUCCUUUCAAGACCACUUACUCUUCUGAUAACUUCGAAAUUCUCUACUAAUGUGCUAUCAAGCUCAUUAAAAAGGGAUUCGCUUUCGUUUGUCAUUAGAACAAGGAAGAAUCAAGAAAGUUCAGAGAAUAAGGUAUUCCCUCACCUUACAGAGACAGACCUGUUGAAGAAAAUCUCCGUAUUUUCGAAGAAAUGAGACUUGGUCUUUGGGAUGAAGGAGCCGCUGUUUUAAGAGCUAAGAUUGACUACAAGUCACCCAACACUACUUUAAGAGAUCCUGCCAUUUAUAGAAUUAGAUAUGUUUCUCACCCUCACGCUGGUAGCAAAUGGUGUAUCUAUCCUCUCUAUGAUUACACUCACCCUAUUUGCGAUUCAUUAGAAGGUAUUACUUACUCUCUCUGUACCUUAGAAUUCGAAAUUAGAAGAGAACUCUAUUACUGGUACCUUGAAAAGCUCGAUAUGUAUCGUCCCUACGUCUGGGAAUUCUCUCGUUUGAAUGUCUCCAACACUGUUUUGUCAAAGAGAAAGUUAUAAGCUUUGGUCUUCGGUAAUCACGUUAAGGGUUGGGAUGAUCCUAGAUUGUUAACAAUUUAAGGUAUGAGAAGAAGAGGUUACACUCCUGAAGGUAUUAAUGCUUUCUGUGAUUUAGUUUCUGUCACUCGUAACGGUAAUGAAAAUGUUAUUGGAUUCUAGUUAUUAGAACAUUGCAUUCGUAAAGAUUUGGACAACACUACCAAGCGUACCAUGGCUGUCAUCGAUCCUGUCAAGGUUACCAUUACUAACCUUCCUGAUACUUAUGAAUAGGUUCUCGAAGCUCCUGAUUUCCCAACUUAAGUCGAAAGAGGAUCUCACAAAAUCUCUUUCACCAACUCUGUUUAUGUUGAAAGAGAAGAUACUUAAUUAAAGGAUCACAAGGACUUCUUUGGUUUAGCUCCAGGAAAAGUUGUUGGUCUUAAGUACGCAGGUGUUGUUAAGUGUAUUGAUGUUAAGGCUAAGGACGGAGUUGUUACUGAAGUUGUUGCUGAAUUCAUUAAGGACGAUCCUCCUAAACCCAAGACUUAUUUGAAUUGGGUUUCUGCUAAAGAAGCUUUUGAUUGUGAAGUUAGAAUUUAUAAUAGUUUAUUCACUGAAGAUCCUACUUCUUCUGAUAAAGAAUUCCUCGAAUUACUUAACCCCAACUCUCUUGUUUUCAAGAGCGGUGCCAAGAUUAACAAGAAUAUUAUCCCUGAACUCUAACACUUAUCUAGAUUCUAAUUCGAAAGAUAAGGUUAUUUCGCUAUCGAUUUCGAUUCUGAUAUCACAAAGAAAACUUUCGUCUGGAAUAAGAUUGUAGGUCUUUCCGACACUGGCAAAUAAAAGGCUUUAUAGAGAGUUGCAUAGGCUUGA